AUGAACAGCCAGAAGCUUUCCGAGUCGACUGAAGCCCACAGCGAGGACACCGACUACCAUGUCGACCACAUCGAGUCCCGUUGGACGGCCUUCGGGAAGCACGGGUUGUCCCUGGCGGCCAAGACUCAGCUGGCACGCUACCGCUUCCUGUUCAUGCACGAGGAGUUCCUCCUGUACCGCGAGGUAUCCAAAGUCAUCCGGCGCAUUACCAUUUUCGCAUUUUGGUUCAUGCCCGUCUACCUUCGUACACAGGUCGUCCCUCUGCGCUGCCUGGAGCUGGAGCACAUUAACCUCGGCGUCCUCAUCGAGCAUCCGGAUGUCGUUUGUGGUUCUGUCGUGCACGACGACCUGUUGACAGAAUGGCAGUUCCUCUGGGCCAUCAUCCUGUAUCCCACGGCAUGGGCCCUCAUCGUCUUGCUCUCCUACCGGCGGAAGUCUGAAGCGGCCACCAUGGAGGCCGUGGCCUUCCUGAACGCAGGCUACAAGUACGGUAUGUACUGGUGGGACGUCCUCAUGGUCGGCCGCUCCGCCGCGUCUUUCCUGCUGAUGGCGGUGCCGGGCAGGAUUUUGCGCAUCAUGUCCCAGAUGACCCUCAUCGCUGUCGUAAGCUUACUGGAGAAUUCCGUCAAGCCAUGGUCUCGAAGCAACAACGGCGUCCUUCGGAGAGCGUCGAAUCUGCUGAGUGCUGGCCUCCUUCUGACCGCAGCCAUUGCGGCCUGGGAGGUUCAGCAGCGACAGAAUGAGCCCAACAUCAUCCUGAACAUCACGGCUGCCAUUAUCUCCGCCAUGGCCAUGGCUUGCUCUCUUUCUGGGAUCCUUCUGCUCACUCUGAACGUUGUGUUCGAUGAGUUUUUCGCCCCGCUGCGCGUGCUGCUUCAGAAUGGUGCAGCCACUGGAAGCUG